AACAUGGAGGACUCUCGUGUCGACUGUUUUCGCCCAGAUUCGGGCCCUGUAAACGACGAACUUGAAGUGGGUUCUCCUUAUUUUAUUGAAUCAACAGUUUCUCCAAAUGGUAAUCUUCCAAAUGGUGAUCGUCGAUUUGAAAUCGAUGGACGUGGAGAGGAGUCAGGAAUAUCAGAAGAUGAAGAGCUUUCACCGGAUGGUGUCCUGGAUGACAGAACCAUUGCCAAGGGAUUAUCCAACCUUGGAAGAUCUGCAGGAGGCAACGACUUGGUCUUCUUACACCUUACCUUACCGGGAUACAGUUUGCAGGACAUUACUGCACUCCAAGACUACGUCCAUCUGCAGAAGUUGGAAAUCCCGUACAACAAGAUUUCGGAUUUGAGUGUCUUGAGUUAUAUGCCAUAUCUUGUUGAGUUGGAUGCCUCCAAUAAUGAGAUUUGUAAUUUGAACUCGUUCAAAUCACCUCUAAAUCUCAAGGAAGUGGAUCUGUCCUUUAACAACAUUGAGACUUUGAACGACUUCACUGAGCUGAGCACAAUCACCAAGCUGAUCGUAGACAACAAUAAGAUCAGUAGUCUGGAUGGACUCCAGGAAUGCAAGUCUCUGUCUUGUCUUAGUGUUGCUCACAAUCGCAUUGAGAAGAUUGAGAAUUUACAAGGACUUCCACUUAAAUAUCUGAAUCUCAGAGGAAACCGCUUGAAAGAGAUUGAGAACGUUGAAUCGCUCCAUCAUCUACAGCAAUUGGAUCUAUCGGGGAAUUUCAUUGGUAGCCUGAGGGGGUUGGAAACCAACACACUGCUGGAAACCAUUGAUCUGGAAAAUAAUCAUGUGGAGAGCAUUGACAACAUCAAGCCGGUUCAGGAGAUCUCGCUACUGCGGAACCUCAACCUCCUACGUAAUCCCAUCCAGGGAGUCUCUGAUUAUCGUCUGUCCUUGCUCUACUGCCUCCCACAGCUGACAGAGUUGGACAGACACAGGGUGGAGGCAGAGGAGAAGGUAUCUGCCAAUAAUAUGUUUAAUGCGCCUAUGGAUGUGGUGGCAGCAGAGGACCAUAGACGCUGCAUGGUGUAUGCUAGCUUGAGAUCGGCCAGAAUCUAUGAUAGUACUUUACCCAGCAUGGAGACACCUUACCCCAUGCUGGUACUGGUCGGACCCCCAGGCUCUGGCAAAAAUGAACUGGCUCACAAGCUGGUCGCUGAGUUUCCUACAUAUUUUGGCUAUGGGAUCUCACACACAACAAGAGCUCCGUACACUGGGGAGUUGGAUAAGAAAGAUUUCCAGUUUGUAUCUUCUAGCACUUUUGAUUCCAAAAUCAAACAGGGUGUUUUCUUGUUGACGUAUCAGUCUGACGGGCAUCGCUACGGAGUCAGUCAAGAAGCCAUUGAGGAGGUUGCCAAGGAAGGUUUAGCCUGCAUACUCACCAUGGAAGUUGAGGGAGUUCUUUCCCUCAAGUUGACUUACUACGAGCCUCGCUACAUUCUGCUUCUCCCGCUGGACCAAGCGGCUCACGAGGCGCGGCUCAGAGCAGUCGGUAACCUUAGUCAAGAGAACAUUGAGCAGGCACUUAGGGAGACGGGGCGCUAUCGUGACAUCCAUCAGGAUAAGCCAGGAUUCUUUGACAUGACUGUUGAUUCAAGUGAUACUACUAUAGCAUUUGACCGCUGUCGGGAGUUGGUGUCUGGCUACCUAGGAUUAGAAGACAGCGAGACGCAGAACCUGACUACGUCCAACUGGGUGCCAUCCAGCAAUUCACCCAGUCCCACGCAGGCACGGUCGGAUUCCCAGACUCCCAUGGGAGACCGAUCCGUGACACCGCUCAGGUCCACCUCGGGGAUGAAGACAUGGUCAGAUCGCGUCAAGAGCGGGGACACCAGCUCGCAGAUGUCUCGGAAGCUGAUGAGUCCGGCUAUGCGGGCCAUGCUGGAGCCAACGAGAUCCAGUGUGGAGCAAGCAUCAUAUGAGAGACGCAAGAGUGCAGCAAGGGCAGCAGCGGCUGGUAUUGAGCCUAAGCCACUGGAUCAGUUAAUUGCAAGACCACCAGGAACGGCUCCAGAGACUCUGCUAGGCAAAGGUCUCGAUGGUAGCACAGCCCGCCCCAAGACGGGCCCGGCCGGCUACUUUGAGGCACCCAGCCCCGACUCCAGCGCCGCCUCUCGCAGCGGAUCCGAACUCUCGGGCCUGUCUGAGGCACGGGGGAUGUCCGGUAAUGUGUCACCGGACUCCACAGCUUCACAGCAGUUACAGGUCAGCUUGAACGAAAUGACGCUGCCUGGGUACGGGACAGAUGAUGGGGUGGGUGGGCGAUCUGAAGGGUCAUUAGUCAUGUCAACCGACAGGUGAUAGCUGACGACCUUGCAAACAAGACAGUUCUCUUAAAAGCUAUAUAUGCAGGGAUUUUUUCUGCCGCCUUACCAGACUUUAAUGUGUUUUCUCUGUUAUGAUAACUCCAGGGAAAUUCUGUAGAAGAUGUAACAAUUAUGUAAAAUAUUGUACAUUGAAAGUUUUUCAGUUGAUGGAAAUUCAGUCUUUUGGGCACAUUCAUGCAGUUUUUGUUUUAAGCAAAAUCCUGUCCCACGUGAUAUUGUUAGUUUCAAAAUCAAGCACAGGGAUAGUACGAAAUAGUGCAUAAAUAUAUUACUUCACUAUAUAAAAAAUGGAAAACGAGUGACAAGAUUUAAUGUAAUUGUCAGAGAGAUAAAGGUAAAUAUAAGUUUGAAAUGUAUAAAGUUGUACUAUUAAUCAAUCCGCAAGUUCUAAUUCUAGAUGCAUUUCUACAAUGGAAAUGUUUCUGUUUCCUCUGUACUUACGAGUCAUCUUUACUUCGAAAUGUAAAUCACUGAAGUCAAGUCAUGAACACUAUGUAAAGAAAACACUGAAACUCAUGGAAAUAAUUUAAAAAUAUGAAAUAUAGAGCUUUUAUUGUUGAAAUGAUCUCCAAAUGGAAGAUAGACUCAUAAAUCUGUAACUUUACAAAGAUACCAUAUUGCCAUACAAAGUGCCUCAUAAAUAUGCCUCUCACAUUAAUUCAGGUUCACAUUUUCAUAUCAACCUGCUUGCACCCUUGAUUAAGUUGUGUUUAAAUGCAACAUUUCCAAAGGCAUGGUACUGUAUAUUGUGUUAACCAUGGAUACCAUGGAAAUAUCUUAUGAAUAGUAUACGAAAGAAAUUGUCAAAUGAAGGAAGCACCAAUAAUAAAUAUCCCAGUUAUGGGGAAAAAACCUUCCCCUAUCUGCUUGUAACCCGGGAAGUAAGUAGUGGAAUGGUUGAAUAGUUACUCCUUUGCUUGAUUAUUUUCCCAUUUUUAUUUCAAUGUGUUAAAGGGGACAGAAUUUAAAUUUUACUGGGAUUCAGAUAAUAUGCCACAGACAGUUACAGAAGAUGUGCAUUUUGUGAUCGUUUUAUGACUAACUUUUCUUAAAGUUUUCCUAAAUGACAGUUUUUAUCAUUAAAGCGUUAUUUCAGAAAGAAUGUUUUAGCUUGACUUUUGUCUAAUUUACCAGUUUGUACUGCAUGCAUAAACAGCCAUUAAUUCAGGAUGAAAGAAACUUAUGAAGUCAGUAACUGUUUCAUUUACCAUGACCUUAAACAAAUAGUGACAUAAAAAGGAAAAGUUAACCAUUUUACUUGAAAAAUUUCUUGCUUUUGAAAACUAGAGUGCCAAGACUGACUAUCAGAAUUGUCUGUUGUACAGUGCAUAGCUUGGCUAAAAUAAUACACUAAAAAAUAUUGUUAAGUUUAAUCAUUAAAGCCUCAUUCAAUUUGAACAAUCAGAUUCCUUCUAAAGAUCCAUCCUCUUGGGAGGGAAUUGAAUACUGUUUUGUUUGUUUUUUUCUAACUGAAACAUUCUAGCUUAAUUUAAAUCUUACUUAUUUAAAUCUUACAAUGUAAAUGAACUCAUAAGAUUUUCUUUUUAUAAUAAUUUGCCGUAUUUUGUGUUUGUAUUGGUUGCACGUUGGAGUAAUCACCAGGAAAUUCUGCUAAAAAUGUUGAUAAAUGUGUACUAAAUAUGCACAAUGAUUCGUGGUUCACUGCAGAUUUGCAGUCAAAAAUAUAGCCCAAUUACUAAAACUGCGACCAAUUUAUAAAAUUAAAGGGAUUACCUUGUCAAAUUUGGUUGAUUACUCAGAAUAAGUUUAAAAAUUACAAAAAUUAGUUCUUUUAUAUAUCAUGAUAAUUAGCACCACGAAAAUAUUUUUGUGACUGACAAAAUAUACAGAAAAUAAUCUGUAAACACCCUUAGACACAGAAAAUUGCUAAUACUUAAGGGUCCUAAACAAUUAACGUCUACUCCAAUUUCCUGAUUUUUAUAUGUGCCGUCCAGCAUCAACAUUGGAGGUUCCUAGACCAAAAACACAUUACUGGUGUAUCACACAACUGGGAAAGCCUUACCAAAGCAACCUCAAGUUCUGGAAAGGUCUGGCAUUUUUGUGCCAGACCUUUCCAGAAAGUUCAGCCAGUGACCAUCGAUCAACAACAACAAGUAAAUUUUGCAUGGUACCCACUACCCAGGAUACUUUUAUUUGUGCGUUACCACGCAAAAUCAAUCAGGGGCUGGUAAAUGGACGCUAAAUGAAAUUGUCCUGAGAAUACAUAAAGUGUGCAAGAGACAUUCCAAAUUAUACGUUGAAAGUACCUCUAGUCUGGAAAAAUUAACUUUCCAGAUGUCUAACAGGCAGAGGUUAGUAUACCAAACAACUGCGAGGUCACAAAAGGCUUAUCUUUCGUGCUGUCCACAGGAGCAAUUGGCACUUAAGUGAGCCACCAAGAGAUUAUCAAUUAGAGGCCGCUUUCCUCAGUCCAUCAUGGGAAAAUAUUUGAGAAUCCAUCUUGCAUAUUAGAAACUGGCAGUUUCAACACAUCUUGCGGACUAAGUUUUACUUUCCGUUUGUGAAUGACGGAGAGUGGAUGAUGCUCCCACUUGCAUUGGUGUUUGGGCAAGAGUGCAUGUAAACACUGGACAAUUUAAGCAAGUUGUUAACCGCCAAAAGCGAACGCAC